UUUGGAAGUCACAUGGGCCCUAUCUGCGCUCCCGUGACACUUCAGAGCAAAUAAUAGAGGGGAAGCAAGGCGUGAGACGGUUGAUGUGUUUUUGUUGGGCAUCACAUCUUCCGCCGACAGCAUCCAACUCUCGGAGCAGCACAUCCUUGGCAUCCCUGUCCACGGACGGCCUGCUGCGGCCAUAUCUGACUGUCAACUGCUGCUUGUCUGAUCAGCAACAUCUUCUGCACACCGCCAGGUCACUGUGGAGCAACCAGCCUCAGCUGGGGACCCACAAAAUAAGGACUUUUCAAGAAGGAAGUGGGUGAAUUUAAGCGGAGAGAACCAGCGAGGGUCGUAAGGCUAAUCUGAGACCCCCUGUCAGCAACCAUGUCAAACGAACACACUCCUCUGAUCACAUCUGGGGUUUGUGGUUUGACCAUGACCCCGACAUGUGGCACAGCGUCAGACUCCACUCAGGAAUCCAGCUCUGAAAAACCGAGUCAGGACCCUCGGAGGCUGAACACCUUUUUUGGAGUAAUGGUGCCGACCAUCCUCUCCAUGUUCAGCAUUGUAUUGUUUCUGAGAACAGGGUUUGUGGUUGGUCAUGCGGGGCUGCUUCAGGGUCUUUUAAUGGUGGUUGUCGCCUACACCAUCAUAUCUCUCACAGUCUUGUCCAUCUGUGCCAUUUCCACCAAUGGUGCCAUACAGGGUGGAGGAGCAUACUAUAUGAUAAGCCGGUCUUUAGGGCCUGAGUUUGGAGGAAGCAUUGGUUUGAUGUUCUUCCUGGCCAAAGUGUUUGCAUGUGGCGAGUAUGUUCUGGGUCUUGUGGAGGCCAUACUUGAUGUAUUUGGUGCAGAUCCUGAGUCGUCUGCUUCUGAGGGGUUGCGGGUGCUUCCUCAAGGUUACUGGUAUACAGUGCUGUACUCCUCAGUGGUCCUCCUUUUGUGCCUGCUUGUGUGUUUGGUGGGCGCCCACAUUUACUCCCGCACUGCCUUCGUCAUCCUGCUGGUGGUCACCAUAUCGUUAUUGUCCAUCUUCAUCAGUUCAGUGGCAGUCAAACCUCAAGAUUUUGUCAUCACUCAUCAGGGUCCUGGUAACCAAACCCUCCGCUACAACGCCAGCUAUACAGGUUUCAGCGCUACCACACUGAGGAACAACCUGGGCUCUGGUUACUCUUUGGACUACAGCACCAACUCAGUCAUGUCUUUUGCCACCGUGUUUGCUGUCAUGUUCACCAGCUGCACUGGAAUCAUGGCUGGAGCCAACAUGUCAGGGGAGCUGAAGACUCCAAGUGUUUCCAUCCCUAAAGGCACCAUCAUAGCCGUGUUUUACACCUUCACAGUCUAUGUCCUCCUCUUCAUCUUGGCCAGUGCCACCUGUGACAGGAACCUUUUGAUUCAGGAUUAUGGGUUCUUCCAGCGAAUCAGCUUAUGGUCGCCAUUAGUCACUAUUGGGAUAUACUGCGCCUCUCUGUCAGCUGCAAUGUGCGCCAUGAUCGGAGCUUCCCGCAUCCUCCAUGCUCUCGCUUUGGACAAACUAUUUGGGCUGCCAUUAGCCCCAGCUGCCAUCACAUCGAGCUCUGGGAAUCCUUGGAUGUCAGUUCUGUACACCUGGGGCCUUGCACAGUGUGUGGUGUUUGCAGGGCAGCUCAAUAAUGUGGCAAGUCUGGUGACUGUUUUCUACUUGCUUGCCUAUGCUGCAGUUGACCUGGCCUGUUUAGCUCUUGAGUGGGCUUCUGCACCAAAUUUCAGACCGACCUUCCAGCUGUUCUCCUGGCACACCUGCCUACUGGGGAUUCUCAGCUGUUUGGUCAUGAUGUUUGUCAUUAACCCAGUUUACUCCUCAGGCAGCAUCGUCCUCCUUUUGCUGCUGCUGCUUUUCCUCCACUACAGAUCGGCCACCAGCAGCUGGGGCUACAUUAGCCAGGCUCUCAUUUUCCAUCAGGUGCGGAAAUAUCUGUUGAUGCUGGAUGUGAGGAAAGACCAUGUGAAGUUUUGGAGGCCACAGGUGUUGUUGAUGGUGUCAAACCCACGCUCCUCCUGUCAGCUCAUCCUGUUUGUAAACCAGCUAAAGAAAGGAGGACUGUAUGUGCUGGGUCAUGUGCAGCUGGGAGAUCUGGACACUCUUCCAUCAGACCCAGUCCAACAGCAGUACAACUUCUGGCUCAGCCUAGUUGAUAAACUCGGAGUGAAGGCAUUUGUAGACCUGACGCUCUCUCCCUCGGUCAGACAAGGAACUCAGCAUCUGCUGCGCAUCACAGGCCUUGGUGGCAUGAAGCCCAACAUGCUGAUACUGGGUUUCUAUGACAGCUGCACUCCCGACGACUUUUUCUUGCAAGAUUCUGCCUUUUGUCACUCAUCAGUGGGACAAGGCAGUGAGGGGGAAUAUAAUUUUGGGGUCGACUUGCCUUCAUUGCAGGCCCAUUUUCCCCCUGUUCGGCAUGUUGAGAGCCCCCGAUGGCUGUCACCAGAGGAGUAUGUUGGCAUAAUAUCGGAUGCCCUUAAAAUGAAUAAAAAUGUUUGCCUUGGCCGAUACUUCUUCCAGCUGCAGGGAGAAUGUAAAGACAGUAAAGUUGACGGAUCAGAACGGACAAUAGAUGUGUGGCCUCUUAACCUGCUCCAGCCAGGCAGCCGUGACUAUCAGGAUGUGUGCAGCCUUUUUCUGCUGCAGAUGGCCUGUGUGCUCAACAUGUCCAACAAAUGGCGCUAUGCAAGAAUGAGAAUCUUCCUGAAUGUGGAAAGCCGCUCCUGUGACCAGGGCUGGGUGGUGAAUGAAGAGACAUUUAGAGAGCUGCUGAAGAAGCUGAGAAUCAGGGCAUCCAUAAAGAUUGUGCCAUGGGACUCUGUGGUGCAGCACCACUCUCUGCCAAAGGGGGAGCCCUCUCCAGCAUCAGUGCAGGUUUUGUCAGAGGACUUUUUGUCUGCAGUGAACAAAAUGUUGAUGGAGCACAGCUCGCAAGCAGCUGUUCGCUUCCUGUAUUUACCCCGACCUCCUGCUCAUCACAGCCAGUCACAGCAGUUCUUGGCUCAGCUGGAAGCUGUGACCAACGGUUUAGGGCCAACACUCUUGAUUCAUGGUGUCACCCCAGUCACAUACACUGAUCUCUGAGCGCAUGCUCAUAAUGAUCAGUUUAGUUCAUUUGAAAUUAUACAUGCAACAAGUCUUAUUUACUGUUUACUUAAAUGUAAGUAGAAAACAAAUUAACAAUUUAUUUAAUUUUUAAAAAAUAAAUUAACAUUACUGUACCAUAUUUUGCACUUACACCUACUGCAGCAAUUUUUUUUUUUUGUCAGAAAGUGAAGUCCCAAUACAAGCUUUUGCAUCCAGAUAGGAUAUUUUACUAUUUUUAUCAUAUACUUGAAAUUUGGAAUUGACCCAAGCAGUAAUUGGUAUAUUGAUGGAACCUCCCUUUUUUUUAUUUUUAUUUAUUUUUUUUUUGCAUUUGCUAUAAGUCUGCCUGCCACAGAAACAUACUGAGAAAAGUAAAUGUGUCAAAACACUAUUUAGAACGAGAACACAAUUUAUUUUGAACAACAUAAGUUGUUAGGGACACCAAAUAUAAACAUGUCUACAUAUAUUUUCAGGAAUGAAAUGAUGAAGACGUAGUGUUUUUAAUGAGAAUGCCAAACCAUGCAAAAUGAUGUGUACCUCUUGAAUUUUUACCGCCUCUUUUUUUUUUCUUCCUUGCUUUGUCUUUUAUUUACACUGUUGGUUGCUAGACCAUCUGAUCCAAAGAGUUUUUCUUCCCACCUUCUUUAUGCACUUGUACAACGAUAUUAUCUUUUUGCUGUUCGUUGUCCUUCUACUUUGUUUACACAAAGGGAUCUAAUUUGCACAUUUGACCUCACAGUGAUGAAUGGCACCAGAUGAUGAUAAUUGUGUUAAGAUAAAACAGUGGAUUAAAUUUUUGUACUUAAGAGUAUUCAGAUUAUACCAGAGAGAAUUAUACUGAUGGCGAUGUAAUACUCCACUCUGUACAUUUUUUUCAGACCAGGGCCAGAGAAACCAAAACAAAUUGUCAUAUUUUGACACAAUAUUGAAUGAAGAAGUCUUCUCUAUGUGAUUAAAAUAUCCCUGCAAUUUAUGUUGUUGCUGAAAACUGUCUUGCCCAACUUGACUGCUUAAUGGGAAAGCUUUAAAGGAGUCCUGUUCAUUGCAGAUGUAAAUUCAAACCAAACAUUUGGCAGGAUUAAAUACACUGUACAAAACA